CGCGACCCCUUCUCAGCGUGGGGGGAGGUGGUGUCUACGUUCGGGGCCGUCCAGGGCACACGUUGGGCAGGGAGGAAAGGGCAGCAGAACUGGGUUCAGCUGGAGCUCCUGGAGGGAUCAGAGGACUCUCUGAUUAACAACUACAAGUACAUGUUCCAAAGGCUGAGGGAUGUCCGCAACGGUAGGCAACAAAACUACAACUACGAUAGUUAUUUAAACAUCUUUAUUGGAUUAUACUAACAUUGUGAUGACACAACUACUUCCUUAUUCCUCAUCCAUCAUUCAUCUUGACUGUUAGAUCAGUAAUGUUGUUGGACUUUCCAUUACAUUUUUUAUGUGCUGACGUGAAUGUUGUCUUUUGUCUUUGCCAGUGUUGACAGAGAAGAUUGAGGAGCUGGGAGAGGAACUGAGGACGAACUUCAACAUAGAAGAGUUCUCCCCUGUGUCGCUACCUGCUCAGGUACUUACAAGCACCUCACUCUGCCUCCCAGUCACUCUCACACAGUAUGUUCCCUCCAUCUCCCUGUUACUUUCACUGCUGUGUGUGUUAACCUCUCUCCUGCUCUCUCUCUGCCUCUGUAGGACAGUGUGACUGUACUGGGACAGGUAUGCAGUGACAGUAAUGGGAAGCUUAACGCCCAAUCAGUGCUGUUGGAGGCGGGGCCUGAUCAGGGUGGGCGGCAGGUGACAGUAGACCUGUCUGAACUCAGAGAGUACUCGCUCUUCCCUGGACAGGUGGUCGCCAUGGAGGGGAUGAAUACCUCAGGGAGGAAGUUGGUAGCAUCUAAACUAUUGGUCAGUGGGAUUCCUCUAAAACAUCUUUGGUCGAUUUCCUGGAUCCUGAUCAAGCCUAUUCCAGGACUAAAAGCACUUUAGACUGAGAUUCUCAAGCUGACGGUAGGACUUCAUGGAGAUUCUCAAGCUGACGGUAGGACUUCAUGGAGAUUCUCAGGCUGACGGUAGGAUUCUGAAGUUCUCUGACGUUGGAGAUUCUCUAGUACUUCAUGAGGAUUUCAGCUUGCGGUAGGACUGGAAUCUCUGCGGUUAGGACUUAGAGUUCUCAAGCUGACCGUAGUUCACAUUCUUGUUCUCUGUUGACUCUAUGGGAGUCCCAUCUUCCAAUCUACUCUUCCAUAAACAGGAAAUGGACAUGGACAUUCCUGAUGGGAAGGAAGGGAACUAUAAGUAUACACCACACACACACACACCCUAACGUCCCUGCUCUAUCACAGCACCAGAGCAGCUGAUGGUAAUUGUGGCCUGCGGCCCCUACACCCCCUCUGACGGCCUGACAUUUGAUACCCUGGUGGGCCUCAUCAACGUCAUCGUCAGGGACCGCCCCGAUGUCUGCAUACUGGUCAGUAGAAUUUACCUAUUUUCAUGAGGUAACGCACACACACACUUGCUCUCUGACUGAAGUUUGAAUGUUUGUUCCUCACAUCUCCUCUCUAACCCACAGCUGGGACCCUUCGUGGACUCCAAACAUCAGCAGAUAGAGGUACAUUUUCCUUCUCUCUGUCUUGGUUACUGACUCUAGAGUUAGUUUUCCAUAUCUAGGAUGUUGACUUGCAUUUUCUAUCAGAAGUUGAUUGUUUUUUCUUUCUUUGACAGAAAUCUCUGGUGACCGAGACAUUUGAUGCCAUCUUCUCCAGAUGUGUGGGAAGCAUCGUGGAAGGCACCAAAGGGUAAAUAUGACUUUAUAUUUACCUAUCCACUACACACACACACACACACACACACACACACUCACACUCAUUUUACCCUCUACAUACCGACCACAUUAGCUGAAACGCUUCCCUUGCUGUUGUAAACAUAGUUCUGCUUCCUCCUCAGAGUUGGAUGUCAGUUGAUAUUUGUUCCCUCCCAGAGAGAUGUCCACCAUCACUUAAUUUACUCACAACACCUUUUCACCCUGCCGAACCUCUGCAAGGACGACGUAAAGGUGAAGUGACCCACAUGAUGUCAUUCAGAACUGAGACACCUGCUGUCACUCAGACAAUAUAAUGUAUUAUCAUACAGGAAAAGAGACAUCUUCUGUCAUAGAAAAACGGGCAUGCCCUACCUCAAUAACGUGUUACAUUGUUUUUUCAUUGGCUGAAAAACAACAUGGCUGGUUCACACAGUGGAAACUCACUCGGCCUCGCUCUCUCUUUCCCUCUCUCUCCAUCUUUCUCUCUCCCUCUUUCUAUCUCUCUCUUCCUCCCUCUCUCUCUGACACACACAUUUACAAUGACGUUUAAAAAACGUGUAUUUUUCACAGGACGUGAUCGGCUGCGGAUGUGUCAAACCUGGACGCCUGACCAAAGGCCAGGUGGGAAGGACUUACGGCAGGCUGCUCAUCCAGAGGAGCUCCAUAUUGAUAGAUGGGAAGAGAGUCAGUCCCUGUGUAGCCAGCCAAGUGGUCAAGAUCUAA